AUUAUAUAUCAUAUCUAAAUUAUCAACAAAUUCUAAUUUUGCCGCAACUGGUUCAUAAUUGUCUUUACAUGUCGGAAAUGAAGCUAGUACAUAGACAAAGCUUGCAACAAUCUUUCCUUUCGCACGCAAGUAUCUAUUACGACGUAAUACGUAAUGCCAUUGUUAAAAUUACAAUUCACAUCGUUUUCCUUUUCUUUUUUAGACAAUUGAAGUGAAAAAUUGAAUGCUAUUGCAUGGUUUUGCUCCGAGUCUCGCGUUUCUCGCUCCAAAGCUGAAAUUACCCGGCACCGAGCGCCAGGGUCAUACAGAUAGAAAUACGAAAGAGCGAAUUGUGAUCGCCACGAGUUCCCUUCAAUAGUCGACAAAUAAUCGACAAUAGUCUCGCGCGGUUCUCGAGUUUGUUUUCCUUUUGUUUUCGUCCGCGGAAGUAUUUCUAAAGAUUUUCGACGAUUUACUUUCGGAAAGAGACACCGGCUUCUUGAUUGGCUGAUGACAGGAUCAGUUCCUAAUUUCCUAUUGCGAGUGCGACGUGUGAGUUACCUCGCUCAUCAUCAGCUUGCAGAACACUCGAGAAAACGAGUGAGCUACAAUUUAUUCGUUUCAUACACGGUUAACAUAUGAUGAGAAGAUAGGUUAACUGUAUGAAAAGAGUGUUUACAUCUGAGACCUAAACCGAUCAGGUUUAGAUUAAAUAUGUAUUUGUCCACUAUAAUACAACUAGGGUGACUGAUUUGUAUGAAAAAAUUCAAAUUCAAAAAGGCGAGACAAAGAGGAAAAAUAAACUGAUUCUCGCAGUACUUAUUCAGUCAUGGACGUCAGCGCGUUGUUCAGGGCGAGCGUGAAGACGGUGAAUUUACGCAACAAGGAACUUGGUACGCUGAUUGAGAACAAUGCGAAGGUCUUGCCAAGGAAGAGCAGAUCCACGAGCCCCUUCUGCACGAAGGCGAAAGCAGUGGUGGACCAAACCUCCAUGCUGCGGGAGUUCUUACUGGAAAAUCACAAAGCCUACUUGAAUUUCUCAAACUACCUGCCUAACGCACCGCACAUGACGGACGCGGAACGCGACAAGCUCGACGCCGGCACUCAGGACAUAAUCAGCACGUGCUCGCAGAUGAUCAAGGAACUGAAGCGGGAGGUCGCAGCGUCCACUGAGAUCUCCCAGCAGAAUAUCGAGCAUCGCGAGAUCAUCCUGCUGCUGCUGGAAAAUUUCUUGAAGGACGUCUGUAAGAUAUACUCGGAGCUGAAGGCGAUGCGCGUGAAGAGAGCCCUGGAGAUGCGAAAGAUCGCCAAGUUGUUGUCGGACAUCAAACCGGCCGAUGUCGAUCAUCCGGCGAUGGAGACGAAGAGGUCAGCCUUGAACGCGACGGAGAAACUGCCGGACGACCGCGAGGGUAGAAACGACUCGAGCGAGUCGAGCCCGAUGAAGAUCCAGGAGAUCAACGGGGACGUUAACAUGUUGACGUACGAGGAGGACGUGUCAACUGAGGACAUCCAGAUAUUCGAGUCGGAGAAUGAACAGUUGUACAAUGAGCUGAGCACGCUGACGGAGGAGGUCAAGCAGAUAGAGAGCAAGGCGGUUCACAUCGCCGAACUUCAAGAGAUAUUCACGGAGAAGGUCCUGGACCAGGACAAGGAUCUGGAUAGGCUAAUGACAACGGUUGUCGGCUCCACGGAGAACGUGAAGGAGGCGAACGACCAGAUACGACAAGCGAUUCAACGAAAUGCUGGCCUCAGAGCGUGGAUCCUCUUCUUCCUGUUGGUAAUGUCGUUUUCAUUGUUGUUUCUCGAUUGGUACAAUCCAUAAGAACACUCGAUAGAUCUUUCUGUACAUAUGUACAUCUGUAAUAAUUUUUAGCGAGCAAAAAGUUCGAGUAUUUACAAAGCAAGCCGAGAGUAAAAUACGUAUUUGGUGUAAUUCGCGAAGGAAGUUUAACAAAUCUCUAAUCAUUGAUUUGUAUAAAGCCAUUAAUCGGUCUUGUGUCUCUAUAAUUGUACUAAAGAUUUGUUAAACUUUAACAAAUUAUACCAAUCUCGAAGGAUUAUUACUUUUAUAGAAAGGAUAAAAGGAAAAAGAGGAAGAGAAAUGUUUGCCAAAAUAUGUCGCUAUAUUUUAUCCCCAGACAUCAUUGUACAUAUAAUAGCUAUAACUUACUUGAUAAUAAAAUUUGUAUAUUAUA